UAUGGAAGUGGAUGUCUUCAAAACUGUUCAUUAAAUUGUGUAAGACCAUCUUGUCAUCAUACGAAUGGAAAAUGCAUUGAUGGAUGUAAUAACGGAUGGAAGGGAUUCAAUUGUACACAAGGUUUUGUUUCGGUAAGAUCUGAGUUGCAGGGAGAAUUUUACGGGACAGCAAUAGGCGGAGGCGUUGGUGCCAUGAUUGCAGUUGUUUUAAUUAUGUUAGCAGGAUUUGUUAUUUACAAAGAAAAGAAACAAUUAAGAAAAGAUAAAUGUUCAGAUCAGUCAAAAUCAAGUCAACGAAGUACCUUAAAUAGGAAUAGAGAAAGUAGUCAUGUCCACGGAUAUGUGAAUGCAGCCAUUACAUCGGAUACAGGGGCGAGAACUGUUCGCCUUGAAGCCACCACAGAAGAAUUUGAAUUAUUACCUGACAGAGAUACUUUUAGGCACAGACAAAUACUAAUUGAACAUUCUGUCAACAAGAUACACAUUGAAAAAUUGAAAGAGGCUAUUAUUGAAAAACAGAAAGAUGAAGGUUUCGAAAAGGAAUACCAGACAUUACCUAAAGGGCUUAUUCACGCACACGCAGAAGGUUCAAAAGAAGUUAAUAAAGACAAAAAUCGUUUCCGCGACUUAUGGCCUUAUGACCAUUCACGUAUUAUAUUGAAAGGAAACAAAAAGACGGAUUAUAUUAAUGCUAACUACAUUGAUAGUUAUGACAAAGAAAAGGCCUACAUAGCAACCCAAGGUCCCAAGAAAAACACCAUCAUAGAUUUCUGGCAUAUGAUAUACCAAGAACACGUUAGUACAAUUGUAAUGGUCACACAGCUGAAAGAGGGAAGAAAGAACAAAUGCGUACAAUAUUGGCCUGAUGCAGUCAAUGAACAAAUGGUAGCAGAAAAUUACCGACUGACAUUGACAAAAGAAAAAGAGCAUACACUUUAUGUUUACAGACUUAUAACGAUAUUGAACCAUAAUGAUACGAAUCGAACAGAAAGAAAAGUUCACCAAUUUCAUUUCACUCAAUGGCCAGAUCAUGGUGUUCCUGACAGCAUCAAAUUGGUUCAUUUUUACAGGAAUGUAAAAAGUGAGCAUUGUGAUCAAAAUGGACCAAUGGUUGUCCACUGCAGCGCUGGAAUUGGAAGGACGGGGACAUUUAUUGCUAUUGAUGCACUCUAUGAGAACGGAAAGAAAACCAAAUAUGUUAAUAUUAUGGAGUACGUUCAGAUUAUGAGGAAGGAUAGAAUGAAUAUGAUUCAAACACAUGAACAAUAUGCGACAGUUUUCGAAGCACUGCUAGAAUUAUUUACAGUACCAAAUACCUCAAUUCAAAAAAGUGUUUUCUGUAAACAUGUUGGUGAACAGGAAUGUACGACUUUACCAAAAAACCGAAAAAUGUUCAAAUUAGAGUUUCAGACACUCGAAACUCUGCGGCCAGCGUAUCAUGAAUCUAAAUUUUCCGCUGCAAAAUUGAAAGAAAACAUAUCGAAAAAUUGGGUAGUGAAUAUACUUCCACAUGACAACUUUCGACCAUACCUUAUGUCAUACGGACGAGCAAGAACUGAUUACAUAAACGCAGUAAUAAUACCUGGACACAGAGAAGAAAGCACCUUUCUCGUAACACAAUCUCCCUUGAAAGACACUAUUGUGGAUUUCUGGACAAUGAUAUACGACCAUAAUUCCAGAAUCGUAGUCUUAUUGGAUCAAGUCUUUAAAAACGCACAGUUAUGGUUAGAAAGAUCGGAAUCGCUAGAGUUUGACAACUUUCGCAUAACGCAAGAAGGAAUGUCCAAUAAGGAUGAACUGAAAAUUGCUUUGUUUCAUAAGAAACAACACGAUAAAAGAAUAAUACAAGUAUUUAAGACGAGUGACUGGCAUAGUCCAACAAUACCUUCUACUCGAAUUAUUUUGGAUCUUCUAAAAAGUGUUGUUAUUUGCUCGAAAUCACAGAAUGGUCCAAUUACGGUCGUAUGCAGAGACGGAUGCACCAAAAGUGGGUUGUUUGUAGCACUUUAUCUACUUUUGGAUAAAAUAGAAAUAGAUGAGGAAGUCGAUGUCUUUCAAGUUGUAAGAAAAAUUCAAACCAGACGCCCAGAAUUCUUGAAAACCAGUGAUCAGUAUGAAUACUGCUACCAGUGUAUCAAAGAACUACUUGAAGGAGAAUCAAUGUAUGCAAAUACUUAAUGAUGCAUACAUAUGCCGUUUAACUUUUUCUUUUAAAAAUUGAUUGAAUUAAUUUUUGUACAUAUAAUAUAAAUAUUAGAUUUGGUAGCAAUGAAUAUAGUUAAAACUGAUACAUUUUCAAAUUAUCAGGACUAAUUAGGAAGAGUUAGAGCUUGUUAUUGCAUAAAUCAUGCAUUGUCGAAAUAAAAAAAGAAGAAUAUUUCAUAAAGACACAAGUAAAGGAACAUCAACUGUCAGAUGACGUGCCCAUGCAGACAGGCGUGGGCAACGGUUUACCAUAAAACCUCCAUUUCUGAGUAUAUACAAUAAGUUAUUUGAAAAAUUAAUGAAAACAGUUAUAUAACUUCUAAUUCAACAUAGCUAUGAACAACGGACACGACAAUGAAAGAAAAUCUAUUUCCAUAUUACCUCAAAUGACAUAUAUGUAUAAUUAAAUUACUCCAUUGUGCUGUUAUAUUCGUUGACGGGUUUUGUAUUAUAUGAGUUUUAUUAAUUUUUAGUAUCAAUAGCUAUAUCUUUACUGUUAUUCUAUAUAUAUAGAUAAAUUGUAUGUAUACUGCAAUAUUUCAAUAUUCUUUGAUGUGAUAUAUAGUCACUGCUCGUAUAUUGUGCUAGGCCACAUUUACCACAAGUACUUCAUUAGAGAUAAAAUGCGCAAAUGUUUUUGAGGCGGUAACCGACA